AUGACGUCACACCACCAAAUGAAACAAAGUUCAAGCCAUCUUGACGAGUGUGCAACAUGCCGUCGCCGAGCUGCACGAAUGGAGCACACAUUGGUGAAAGAAGUGCCAAAGAGAGCACCACCUCCAAGAAGGCCCAAGGUAAUCAACAAGAAAAAGACAACAUUUAUUCCAAAACAAGUCGGCGAGUUUCUGUCACUAGGCAGUGCCUUCAUAAUAUCCCAUAUCCAUGCAUUUUCCCAGGAUCUUGCAUACGUUUGGCACUAUAGUGAAAAGAAAAUAAUGAUUGUAAACAAAUGCGGCGUUAUCGAACAGACACUUAAAAUUGACGCUAAGAGUGACGUCAUUGAUAUCUGUGUAUCUCCACACAGUGGAAAUAUAUGGUACGCAUGUGGUGACGGAACCAUUAUUGAAUUGAUGAAAAACAAGACAAGUUUAGAAAAAUUUCGUGUCGGAUUUGAACCGCGAUGCAUGUGUUUAUCAUCAAAAGACCAAAUUCUACUGGGAAUAGAAUGUAACAUGAUUAUAUACGAUAAAGAAGGAAAUAUAGUGACGGAUUUUCAGAAAAUCAAUCCAGAUGUUGACUUGUCCGGAUUUUGUCCCAGUAACAUAGCACAAUGUCCUUACACAGACUGUUUCUGUGUGUGUGAUUAUUUCCACCAUUAUUUCAUUCUCCUAGACUCAUCCCUCCGAAUUAUCUGGUGGUUUUACGGGUCCACGGUGACGGACGCUGAAGGUGUGGUCAAGGACACUGGGUAUUCCAGUCCAGACCUGUUUUGGCCACACACAGCAGCGUUUGACUCGGAUGGAACAAUCAUUGUUGGAAACAAGGAUGAUAGCAACGCCUUAAUAGCAAUAGGGCGUGACGGUCGCGUGCUUCAGGUCAUCUCGAAGGAGGAAGACGAACCGUAUGCUUUGUGUCUACACAAAGAUGGACUCUUGUGGGUAGGACUGGACAUACGACUGGUCAAGGUUUAUAAAUUAUCGGGAAAACAGAUAACAAGUUGUCGGUAG